CACAGCUAGGGCAUUUCUUGAGCGUGUCUCCCAACGAUAUCCAUGUGACCCAUCAUUUGGUUUGACGGAGUGGCCGAGCAUGAUUGCAUAGCAAGCAGCACGGGUGUAGCCAGCUAAUCCAUGUCACAGAUGAAGACAGCUACUGGAAAUGAAAAGGUUUACCUAUCAUGGACACAAAUAUGAUGCCGAAGUUCUCCUCGAAAGACGAAGAAAUUGAGUACUGGAAGGCGUUGUCGCUGAAGUACAAAAAUAGCUACCAGGAGGCCCAGGAGGAGCUGUUGGAGUUCCAGGAAGGCAGCAGGGAGCUGGAGGCGGAGCUGGAGACCCAGCUUGGCCAGGCUGAGAAUCGCAUGAGGGACCUGCAGGCCGACAACGAGCGCCUGCACAACGAGGUCGAGUCCCUCAAGGAGAAACUGGAGCAUCACUAUGCUCAGAGCUAUAAGCAGAUCUCCAUGCUGGAGGAUGACCUGGGCCAGACCAGGAGCAUCAAGGAGCAGCUGCACAAAUACGUCAGGGAGCUGGAGCAGGCCAACGAUGACCUGGAGCGGGCCAAGAGGGCUACGAUUGUGUCCCUGGAGGACUUUGAGCAGCGUCUGAACCAGGCCAUUGAGAGGAACGCGUUUCUGGAGAGCGAGCUGGAUGAGAAGGAGUCACUCCUCGUGUCCGUGCAGAGACUGAAGGAUGAAGCCAGAGACCUGAGGCAGGAGUUGGCAGUGAAGGAGCGGCAGACGGACGUCAGCAGGAUGUCAGCGCCCAGCUCGCCCACGCUGGACAACGACAAGAUGGACUCUGCCGUCCAGGCCUCACUCUCCCUUCCUGCCACGCCGCUCGCCAAGAGCUUAGACAACGCCUUCGCCAACCCGAAAGUGUUGUCCAAUGGCUGUAGUAACAGCUCAGCCCUUACGCCGUCCGCCAGAAUCACGGCCCUCAACAUCGUGGGUGACCUCCUGCGGAAGGUUGGGGCUCUGGAGUCCAAGCUCGCCGCUUGUCGGAAUUUUGCCAAAGACCAGGCGGCCAGGAAGAACUACACCACCAACAGCAACGGGAACCUGGUCAACGGCGACCUCACAAAGUUCUCGCACGCGCUCCACACGUCGUACUUCGACAAAGCAAGAGAGAGGGUCAUUUUCCCUGCAUUGCUCUGGGCAGGACGGUAAAUGGACUGGAUCCUGGUGCCCUGACUGUUCUCUCCGCCCCAAAUGCUUCAUCGCCGUCUGCCCUAGUACCCCUCAGCGUGUGACACACACACACACACACACACACACACACUUAUUCACCAAAAGCCCAUGUGUACAGGCAAAUCACAUAUGCUGUAGCUAACAGUGACACACUACACACCCUUCUGCUGGCAAAUGCCGAUCCACACCCACUUAGUAGUACUGUAUCUUCCUUCUCCUUUGGCAGACCACACACACACACACACACACACACACACACAUAUAUACAGUCUCUUCCCUGGGUCAAAAAUGGGCUAGCGUGAGUUCAUACACGUGGUCAUCUGUACGUAUGUGUACCUCUGUAUGUAUUGCUCUAGCAGUUUUCUAUGUUAUGUUUCAAAGUAAUCUAAAGAUAUAAAUGUACUCCUAUAAAAAUCUACACUUCAUAUGGGAGAGGGUGGGGGUGGGGGUGGGGGUGGGGGGUGGAGGAGAGAGAAACAGAAUGGAGGAUCCUUUAGUUCCUAAGUUUAAAAUCACACACAUUUUCCUACCGCCGAGGAGUGGUCAGCGGAGAGAUAGAAACUGAGUGUGGAAUGAAGACUAGAGUAGUGGCCAUUGGGAAGUGAGGGUUGAUGUUUAAUGAAGGACGAAGCUGGUUGGCCAGUAAGACACGCCUAAGAGAAUGAUGCACUCUGGGUUAUGAGGUCUACAGAGGCCCCAGAGGGACAAACCACACCAGUCACCACUUGAUUAUAUAUGGAGGAUGAAGGAAUUUGGAAUCUGUCUAUGGCAUACAUAGACCUUACUGAUAAAAAUGUAGCACAUGUAUGGUCUAUGCACUAUGGUCAAGCAACUCUAUAAACAGUAAUCUGCAUUAUGCUCUCAUCGCAGUCGUCCAUUUUAAAUCUGCGGUGGUAGCUGGACUCUCCUGGCUUCUUGCUUCAGUCCCUCGGAGAAUCAAACCUGUGUUUUUUAAAUCUGUUUGUUUGUUUAUGUUUUCUUUUUUUUGCCCACUUGAAAAAGGAAAAUAUAAAUUGGCAGUGUAUUUUUAUUUUUAUGUUUUUUUGCUGCCACACUUUGAAAGCAUAGCAAGGGUAAGAAAAAUAAAGAGAUAACUGAAUAACGGUUUGGUGUCUGUUCCAGACAUUUCUACCAACCCCAGGUAGCAGCUUGAUCUGUGGCCAGUACUCACUGUAACUCCAGUAGCUCUGUGAUGAUGAUGAUGGGGCUUUGAUACGACGCUUAUACCCAGUCUAUCUGUUUCUCCCUGGUCAGCUUUUCUCAUAUGCAUAAUAUGCCAGGCUUCUUGGUCCUUGAGUUCAAUCGGGUGACUUUCUAAGCACUUCAGAGUGUGUUGUACACUGCACACAUGCAAACACACCAACUGGUCAAGGUAUGGUUUCCGCAUCACCAGUUUAUACAUGACAUUUUUAAUUGUUUUAAAAAUCGGAUUAUUAUUUUUUUUUGUGACUAGUUUGUUUACAUUUUAUCGACGACCCAUAUAAAUUGUGUUCCAGCACUUAACAUAUACUUUUAAAAUGACUUUUACUAUUGUCUGACUGUUUUUAGCAGACAGCUGAUAUCAGCUGUUUUGCGGUUUGUCAUUUGUCAUUGUAUAUAUGUUUUUGUAUUUGUAAUUUAUUUCUGUUUUAUUUAAGCAUGUGUACAGUUACCCCUUUAUGAAGUGUUCUGAGAUAAUAAAGCUAUUUUGACCAUUGUU